CCCAAACAUACAGCAUCGAACACACAGGGACAGGCAACACUUGUCCGCACUGGAACAUCAUUUGUAAAGCAACACUAUCAAAAUCCCCAAUAUACCCUCCUCACUCCUCCAUAUCAUCCUCGGCCAGCAAGCAUUUACACGGUCACAACUUCAUUGGAGAGCCCAAAGCUCACAGCUUUCGCAACACUCGACUCUUUAUACACAAUUACAGAGAGAGGGGAGGUGGGUUCUGUUGUGAUGGCAAAGAAGAAGGCGUGGUCAUUGAAGAAGUCGAUGAGCAAGGACUACUUGUGGAGGCUUCUGCAAGGGAGGUUUUCUGGAGCUUUCAAAUUGAAGAUAGUAGAUGAGGUGGUGUUCAAGGUUCUGUAUGUUGUAGAGGCCAUUGUUCUCGUCUCCACGCUCUGCUUCUUCUUUCUGUGCUGUGGAUGCCACAUAUGAUUAAAUAUUGUUUCUUCAAUUUCAUUCAUUCUUUGUUUUGUUGUUUAAUUAGCUUUCCUCGAUCUCUAGCUCUUUCAAAUAUUGAGAAUCUAUUUCUCUUCUUUCUGCUUCAAACAUUGUAUUGGGUCAUUCAGGCUGUUGCGUUGAUUAAUAAGAGUUUUUCUUGUGUCAGUCGGAGAGAGUAA